UAUACGUUAUAUUAUCAAAUAAUACCUAUUACCACAAGGCUUUUGUAAUAAUCUUCUCAGUUGCCGUUUUCAUUUCAUCGUGUUGUAGACGUUAUUUAAACUUAUCAAAAUUUUCUUGCGGAAAAACACAUUUAAUUUCGUACACCUACCUCGUGUUUUCUAUUCAGGUUAAUAUUUAGUUAAAUCAUUGAAAUCAUAAUAUCGUUACAACUGUUCAAUUUCAAGUGAAAAAUUCGGUGUGAUUCUUAAAAAAAAUCUACAGUUAAAGAUCUUACUAUAAGUAAGUUGAAUUAAAACAUUUUUUAAAAAUGAAGCUGAAGGAUGUGGAGUUUGCGCCCUUGUGCGUACCCCUUAAUAGAAGACUAGAAACGUUGGCUGCUGCUGCAUGGAUUCACUUAAUCUUUUUUGGAGGUUUAACAGGAAGCUUGUUUCUCUUGUACGUAGUAUUGGCUACUCGAUUUUGGUGGUUGGGCCUUAUGUAUGCAGCUUGGAUUUACAUUGAUCGAAACAGUGCAUCUUCAGGAAAUUUGAGGUUUGGUUUUGUCCGCAAUUGGACUUGGUGGUAUUAUUACAGAAGGUAUUUCCCCGUAUCUUUAAUUAAAACUCAUGAUCUUCCUGCUGACAAAACAUAUCUGUUCGCCACUUACCCACAUGGAAUGUUAUGCUCUGGAGUAUUUUCUAAUUUUGCUACAAAUGCAAGUCCUUUUAGAGAAUUGUUUCCCGGGCUCAAAUCGUUUCUGAUUACACUCAAUCUUCACUUCCAUUUGCCAUUUACCCGAGAACUUGGUCUUGGAUUAGGUCUUCGAGAAUGUUCAGAAAAAAGUCUUGUUAACAUAUUAAAUGGUAAUAAGGGUAAUGUAGCUGUAUUAAUGGUAGGGGGUGUUUCUGAAGCUUUCAAGUCUUUUCCCGGUCCUAUUCAAAUCAUUGUUAAUAAAAGAAAAGGAUUUGUUCGAGUUGCGUUGAAAACUGGUGCAUCCUUAGUUCCGGUAUUUUCAUUUGGUGAAAAUUAUGUUUACGCAAAAGGUGAAGCACCACCAGAUUCUUUUUGGGACAAAGCAUUGAAGUUGGUUAAAUGGAAAGCCGGUAGACUGGUUCCAGUUGGCCGAGGUCUAUUCCAGUACAGUUUUGGAAUAGUACCACGAAGACAUCCAAUCUUCACUGUUGUUGGAAAGCCAAUAGAUGUACCAAAAAUUCCAAAUCCUACAGCUGAAGAUAUAGACAAAUAUCACAAAAUUUUUGUCGAUGAAUUGACGAAGUUAUUUGAAGAACAUAAAACCAAGUAUUCCAAAAAUCUAGAAGAACUCAAUUUAGUAUUAGACUGAAAAUAUAUUUUAACUUAAACUUCAUUCGUUAUUAAAAAUGUUAAUUUUAGGAAUAACUUUAUUCGUAAUUAUUUUUUAUAUUCAAUUGUUUUUGUGAAUAACAUUUUUAAUUAGUUUUAAAUUAUUAAUUUUGUAUUUGAUUUACAGAUUUUAAAUUAUUUUUAAGCAAUUUUAUUAUUAUUAUUUUUUUUUUUGUAAUCAAUAUUCUAAAUCAUUUUAUAUAUUGUUUUUAUGCUAAAAAAAAGUUAUUAUUCAUUACAUUAUAAUGUAAUUUAGUUAAAGAUUAUUGUAAAAAAUAUACUUAAAGAUUUGUCAUUAUACAAAAAAAUGUUGUUAAGGAAUAUAUUUACAUUUUUUA